CAGUGACGCUCACUCGACAAACAUAUAGAAACAGAAUGUCCGGACAUAGAAGCAGUGGAGGAGCUGGAAGUCAUCAUGGAGGUCCUCCGGGCCUAAAGCAGAUUGACUUAGAUCAAAUUUGGGGAGAUUUACGUGAAGGCAUAGAACAAGUUUAUAAUAGACAGUGUAUGUCAAAGCCAAGAUAUAUAGAACUAUACACACAUGUAUAUGAUUAUUGCACAAGUGUUCAUCAACAAUUGACCAGGACAUCGACCAAGAGUAAGAAAGGGCAAAUUUCACAAGGAGGUGCACAAUUAGUAGGAUUGGAGCUAUACAAGCGCCUGCGUGACUUUCUUAGGAAUUAUCUUAUUAGUUUACUUAAACAUGGAAUUGACUUGAUGGAUGAAGAUGUGCUACAAUUUUACACAAGACAGUGGGAAGAAUAUCAAUUUAGUAGUAAAGUGUUAAAUGGUGUAUGUGCAUAUCUCAAUCGUCAUUGGGUGCGCAGAGAAUGUGAGGAAGGUCGAAAAGGGAUUUAUGAAAUUUAUCAAUUAGCCUUGGUUACCUGGCGAGAUAAUUUAUUUAAGCAUUUGAACAAACAGGUUACUAGUGCAGUGCUUAAAUUAAUCGUUCGAGAACGUAAUGGAGAAACAAUUAAUACCCGACUAGUUAGCGGUGUCAUCAAUUGUUAUGUGGAAUUGGGUUUAAAUGAAGAAGAUCCAGGUGCUAAAGGACAAAAUCUAACAGUGUAUAAAGAUUCCUUUGAAAAUCAAUUCCUUGAAGAUACAGAACGUUUCUAUUCCAAUGAGAGUUUAAAUUUUCUCAGACAAAAUCCUGUAACAGAAUAUAUGAAAAAAGCGGAACAGAGGUUAUUGGAAGAACAAAAACGAGUUCGUGUUUACCUACAUCAGACAACUCAUGAACGAUUAGCGAAAACAUGUGAAAGAGUGCUUAUUGAAAAACAUCUGGAUAUAUUUCAUUCUGAGUUCCAGAAUCUUUUGAAUGCUGAUAAAAAUACAGAUUUAGGUAGAAUGUACCAACUAGUAGCGAGAAUACCGAAUGGCCUUGGAGAAUUGAGAAAUCUUUUAGAAACUCAUAUAGCUAAUCAAGGGCUUGCGGCUAUAGAUAAAUGUGGCGACUCUGCUGCUAAUGAUCCAAAAGUUUAUGUGAACACAAUUUUGGAAGUGCACAAAAAGUAUAAUGCUUUAGUGCUUGUCGCCUUUAACAACGAUAGCGGUUUUGUAGCAGCUCUGGAUAAAGCUUGUGGUCGAUUUAUUAAUGCUAAUUCAGUUACAAGAGCAGCAAACAGUAGUAGUAAGUCACCUGAAUUAUUAGCAAAGUACUGUGACUUGUUAUUGAAGAAAAGCAGUAAAAAUCCAGAAGAAGCAGAACUUGAAGAUACUCUCAAUCAAGUCAUGGUAGUAUUUAAAUACAUCGAAGACAAAGAUGUAUUUCAGAAGUUCUAUAGCAAAAUGUUGGCGAAACGAUUGGUACAACAUAUGUCUGCCAGUGAUGACGCAGAGGCUUCCAUGAUCUCUAAGUUAAAACAAGCUUGUGGAUUUGAAUAUACUUCAAAGUUACAACGCAUGUUUCAGGAUAUUGGUGUAUCAAAAGAUCUAAACGAACAGUUCAGAAGACAUUUGGUAAGAUCUGCUGAACCAUUGGAUGUGGAUUUCAGUAUACAAGUUUUAUCUUCUGGUUCAUGGCCAUUUCAACAAUCCUUCACAUUUUCUUUGCCGACAGAGCUAGAACGAUCUGUACAUAGGUUUACUACUUUCUACAGCUCACAACAUAGUGGCAGAAAGUUAAAUUGGUUAUACAAUAUGUCUAAAGGGGAACUACAUACUAACUGUUUUAAGAACAGGUACACAUUGCAAGCCUCGACUUUCCAAAUGGCAGUUUUGCUACAAUAUAAUGGAUCUACAUCAUGGACAAUACAACAACUUCAUUAUGCAACACAGAUAAAAAUGGAUUUUUUACUACAGGUUAUUCAAAUACUUUUGAAAGCCAAACUUUUAACUGCAGCUAGCGAUGAUGUAGCUGAAUUGACCCCGCUAUCAACGGUAGAACUUUUUACGGGAUACAAGAAUAAGAAAUUAAGGGUGAAUAUUAAUAUACCGAUGAAAACGGAAUUAAAAGUUGAACAAGAGACUACGCACAAACACAUAGAAGAAGACAGAAAACUUUUAAUUCAGGCAGCGAUCGUUAGAAUUAUGAAAAUGCGGAAAGUAUUAAAACAUCAACAAUUGGUAGCAGAAGUUUUGAAUCAAUUAAGUUCUAGAUUCAAGCCAAGAGUGCAUGUUAUUAAGAAAUGUAUAGAUAUUUUAAUUGAAAAAGAGUAUUUGGAGCGCACAGAAGGUCAAAAAGAUACUUAUAGCUAUCUGGCAUGAUCAGUCGAUUUAGGACAACGAUACAGCAGCAACCAUAUAUGCAUAAUAAAGAGAACCUUACAUUAUCAUUGCUACACACGUAUCAUACUAUUUAUUUAAGUCUCGAAGUUAAUUCUCGUGCUUUUUUUUCUGUACAUGGAUGCCUUUGUACAUUAUUGUCCUUCUGGUCGCAUUUAAAGUCUGGGGUUAUAUAUGUAUAUAUAUAUAUAUAUAUAUAUAUAUAUAUAUAUAUAUAUAUAUACAUACACACACUCACACACACACACACACACAUAUAUAUAUACACACACAUACAUACACACACAUAUAUAUAUAUAUAUAUACACACACGUGCGUGCGCGCACGCGCAUUCACAUACAUACAUAUGUAUAUAUAUACAUAUGUGUGUGUGUGUGUAUGUGUGCUGUUAGCAAAAUUAUUUCUCUUAAUUAUUAUGAAAUGUUAAGUGUGUUACUAUCUGUGCUGUUUUUCAUAUAAAGUGGAGCUUUUUGUAAUGUCGCAGAGUACAGGGUGUAAUCAAUUAAUUAAUCAGAGAUUUUUUAAUUAUCUAUAGAAAAUUAUAAAAUAAUAAAAACAUAUUUAUGCUUUUAAUUUGUUGCUGAUGUAUAUUUUCAGUUUUAGAAAAUUAGAAUGUUAAAGCAUUAUUUUUCAUGAAGUAAAAGAUGUGCGAAAUAAUGGAGAAAAUUAAGACCAUGUUAUGUCUAAUGUUACAUCAAAAAGAUCAUUGUAAAUUGUAAUCAAUUAUAUAAAGAAGUCAUAACAUGACAAUAAGAUAUAUAAGAAAAUUUGUAAAAAAUUUUGUGAGCGCAUAGAUAGUAAUGCAUUUUAGCAAAUCUAUCUCUCAUGACAGACAAUUUUAAGACCAGAAAAUUUUAUGUUAAUGAAUACAAAUCUAUCACUGCAAUCUAGCAAUUUUUUGUUUCCGCAUAGAAUAUAAUUUCGUCUCUUAAGUGGUCCUAGACAAAAUAUUUGUUAGAAAAAUAUAAGUCAGACAUACAUUAUAAUAAUUUCCUAUUAAAGAUCUAAAAUACGUUAAUAUUAAUAUAAAUACAUAUAACUCACUAAUUACGAGAUCAUUAAAAAAAUGCGGAACGUCCUCGAGAGGUAAUGAUCUCGUUUAUAUCUUUGAGUUAAAGUAGAGUUUGAAAUCAAUAUGUCGAUUAAUUUCCAAAUUAUUAAUCACGAAUAGAAACUUGUUUAGAUUUUUAUAAAAUUUAUUACUGCAGUAGUUUGAAAUGUUUGAUAUUCGAAGUACAAUAACAAUAAUAAAUGUCUGUGGCAUAUAUAACUAAAAAAAGCAGACACGAAUGGUGCUUAAUGAAUCUUGCACUCAGUGCCCUCAAUAGAAAUCGGUGUAGCAAAUCCAGUAACUUUAAAGGCUUGAAGAUGUACGAUUAUUUCGAGGUUGUGUUUUAAAAUUCAAUAUGCAUAAAAACAAAUGCGACUUUAGAAAAUUUUAAGUGUGUAUGUAUGUACACACACACACACACACGCAUAUAUAUAUAUAUAUGUAUGUAUGUAUGUUCAAAUAGUAAAAACAUUUUCCCAUAGCAUAUUGUCAAUGAUAAAAAGGCUGAUGAGAAAGAAAAAUAAAUUGAGAAUUACUGUAAUUAAAUUGUAUUACUAAAUUGUAAUACUUGUCUGUGAGACAAGUGAUAACAUCACGUAUUUAGCUACAGAAAAACACACGAACAAACAAAAACAUAUUAAUGUAUUUUAUUAAAUAAAAUGUAUUAUGAAUUCAAA